AACAUUUAUUUCUCUUCCACUUUCUGUCUUCUUCCUCAACUUCUCUCCCCCUAGUCCUCCACACCACAUAACAAAGCCCUUCCUUGAUCUGAAAUCAUGAGAAUUAGGGUUUGGAUUUGAUCUAAAAUCAGUUUUCAUAUUUGAAGAGUAAAAAAAAUCUCCAUUGAUGGCUUCGUCUUUGCCUCUACCAGACCUUACCUUCCUGUAUCCUCAAACCACUCCUAAAAACCGCCUUUCUCUCUCUAAGCUUCCUCUUUCUACUAACCAGCUUAGGAAAACUCUCCUCCUUCGCACUCGACUUCUGGCUGUUAGAGAAGACAGUUUGGUGAUUGAAGAGAGGGAGAGGGAAUUGUUGAAGGAAUUGAAUGGAAAUGGCGCUGCUUCUACUAGUAGUUCCGAUGACUAUGGUUUCAAUGUAUCGUCGAUAAGUAGUUUUACCAAUGGUGGCGUGAGUAUGGUGGAAAGUGAGAAGGAAAUCACCAAUGGAAGUUUGGUAAAGUACGUGAAUGGCAGCGGUGUUGCAGCGGCAGAAAUGGUGGUGGAGGAAGAGGCUGAAUUGUCGGAGGAUGGGCGGAAGAAGAGGAUUGAAGAGAUAGGGAAAGAAGUUGCUUGGUUUAAGCGUGCGGGCCAGCAACAGAUGGAGGUCUCUGUUGCAUCUGGGGGCCGUUGGAGUAGAUUUAAAACCUACUCAACGAUUCAAAGGACAUUGGAAAUAUGGGGAUUUGUUUUUACAUUCAUCUUCAGAGCUUGGUUGAACAAUCAGAAAUUCUCUUAUCGAGGAGGAAUGACAAAGGAGAAACAAAUUCUAAGGCGGAAAGCCCUUGCCAAGUGGUUAAAGGAAAAUAUAUUGAGAUUAGGUCCCACAUUCAUCAAAAUUGGCCAGCAGUUCUCCACUAGAGUGGACAUUCUUCCUCAGGAAUAUGUUGAUCAGUUGUCUGAACUUCAGGAUCAAGUUCCUCCCUUCCCAUCAGAGACAGCUGUGUCUAUAGUUGAAGAGGAGCUUGGAGGUUCAUUGGAUGAUAUCUUUGAUCUGUUUGACUAUGAACCAAUUGCUGCUGCAAGCCUUGGUCAGGUUCACCGUGCAAGAUUGAAGGGACAGGAAGUUGUGGUUAAAGUACAAAGACCUGGUCUCAAGGAUCUUUUUGAUAUUGAUCUUAAAAACCUUAGGAUAAUAGCAGAAUAUCUUCAAAAGGUUGACCCAAAGUCAGAUGGUGCAAAGAGGGACUGGGUUGCAAUUUAUGAUGAAUGUGCAACUGUCUUGUACCAGGAGAUUGAUUACACAAAGGAAGCUGCUAAUGCUGAACUGUUUGCAAGUAAUUUCAAAGAUAUGGAUUAUGUCAAAGUCCCCACAAUUUUAUGGGAAUACACAACACCGCAGGUUCUGACAAUGGAGUAUGUCCCUGGGAUCAAAAUAAACAAAAUACAAGCUUUAGAUCAAUUAGGUGUUGAUCGUAAGAGGCUGGGCCGAUAUGCUGUUGAAUCUUACUUGGAUCAAAUUCUAUCUCAUGGUUUUUUCCAUGCUGAUCCUCAUCCGGGAAAUAUUGCUGUUGAUGAUAUCAAUGGUGGGAGGUUGAUCUUUUAUGAUUUUGGAAUGAUGGGAAGUAUCAGUCCAAACAUCAGAGAAGGGAUGUUGGAAGCAUUUUAUGGAAUUUAUGAGAAGGAUCCUGAUAAAGUCCUUCAGGCGAUGAUCCAAAUGGGUGUCCUUGUACCUACUGGAGACAUGACGGCUGUUAGACGAACUGCCCAGUUCUUCCUUAAUAGUUUUGAGGAGCGUCUCGCUGCACAAAGAAGAGAGAGAGAAAUGGCUGCAGCAGAACUUGGAUUUAAAAAGCCACUGACCAAGGAGGAAAAAGUAGAAAAAAGGAAGCAAUGCCUAGCUGCAAUUGGGGAAGAUUUAUUAGCCAUUGCAGCAGAUCAACCUUUUCGAUUUCCAGCCACAUUUACAUUUGUGGUUAGGGCAUUUUCAGUGCUGGAUGGCAUUGGGAAGGGCCUUGACCCCCGGUUUGAUAUAACAGAGAUUGCCAAACCUUAUGCACUUGAGUUGCUGAGAUUUCGUGAAGCUGGAGUUGAAGUUCUCUUGAAGGACCUCAGAAAGAGAUGGGACAGGCAGUCUCGAGCUUUCUACAACUUAUUUAGACAGGCUGACAGAGUUGAAAAGCUUGCUGAAACUAUCCAACGAUUGGAGCAUGGUGAUUUGAAGCUUCGAGUUAGAACUCUGGAGUCUGACAGGGCAUUCCAGCGUGUUGCUGCUGUUCAGAAGACAGUUGGGUGUGCAAUUGCUGCUGGAAGCCUUAUAAACCUUGCAACAAUUUUGUAUCUCAAUUCCAUUCGGGUACCGGCUGUUGCAGCAUAUGCCUUGUGUGCAUUCUUCGGCAUCCAAGUUCUCUUUGGCAUUGUAAAGGUCAAAAAAUUUGAUCAACGGGAAAGGUUGAUAGCCGGAACUGCAUAAAGAAAUGGUCCUUUUCAUGAGACCAAACCAAUUCAUACAUAGAGCAGAUAUUCAGCUAUGCGAGACUUGGUAUUGCAAGUUGCAAGCAUUUGAAGACGGAGCUUGAUAAAUGUUUUGUCUAUUGUUUUUACAAUAAAAACAUAGAGAUUUCAUGAAGACCUCUCAAUUCUAAAUGGUAGGGCUGUGUUUUUCUUGAAAGCUUGCCAAGAAUAUCUGUCGUCGAUCCAGAAUUGCCAUCACUUCUCCAAGGCCAUUUGAGGUUUUUUGGCUGGUUAUUUACUAUAAUGAACAGUUCUAAAAAUGAGGCGUUCAUUAUGUAACAGUUCUGUGGCCGAUAUCUGGCAUGUAUAGCUUCAAACGUAGUUCACGAAAAUCAUGUCCAUAAAGUGUAUAAUACUUCAAUAUGAUGUGGUGUUCUUUAGUGAAAUUUGUUAGCCAUAUACCAUUCGCAUGUUGGAAUUAAAGUUGUAAUUUUUUGUUCAUUGUUUUACAUAUUCAUGCUUUUCAAAGAGCCAGGUCUAGGAUGAUCAAAAGUUUUACAUAUUCUUCACGGGAUGAUAUUAUAUUAUUUUAUUUUAGGAGAA